AUGGCAACGUCGCAAGCUGCGUUGGCUGCCGAAAAGGUACUGGGCCGUGACAAAAACGUCAUCACCGCCCAAGACGUGUCGUCGUACCCACCCAGCGGAGGGGGCGAAGGCGACCUGAUGACGGCUCUGGUGUGGAAGGGCAAGAACAAGGUGGAAAUCGCCAGGGUGCCGAAACCGAAAAUCAUCGAGGACAGGGACGUCAUCCUCAAGGUGACAGGCUCAACGGUCUGCGGGUCUGACCUGCAUCUCCUGCACGGAUCGAUCGUGCAGAUGGCCAAGGGCGAUAUCCUGGGCCACGAGUUCUGCGGCGUGGCAGAGCAGGUGGGACGCCAAGUCACCAACGUCCAGGUGGGCAAGCGAUACGUUGCGUCGUUCCAGAUCGCCUGCGGCGAGUGCUACUACUGCAAGCAGAAGCUUUCGUCGCAGUGCGAGAAGACCAACGCGAGCGCCCUGGCCAAUGCCCUGUACGGCGGCAGGACGGCUGGUAUCUUUGGGUAUUCCCACUUGACCGGGGGGUUUGCGGGCGGCCAGGCAGAGUACGUGCGCGUCCCGCUCGGGGAUGUCAACUUGCUGGAACUCCCGGACAAUGUUCCCGACGAGAAAGGACUGUACCUCUCGGACGUGCUCGCGACGUCGUAUCACUGCGUCCAGGACACGGGGGUCUAUAAGGGAGACAACGUGGCCGUCUUUGGCGCCGGCCCCGUUGGGCAGAUGGCUGGUUUUUUCGCCCUAAUGCAAGGCGCCGACAAGGUCAUCUUCGUCGACACGGAGCCCCGUCUGUCGCACAUCCAGGGGCGCUUCCCUGCGCAGCACCGGGAUAAGCUCACGCUGCUCGACUUCAAGAAGUUGUCGGGCGGGCCCACCCACGGAGAGACGGUGGUCAGCCAGCUGAAGAAGAUUUGCGGCAACCGCGGGCCCGACGUGGCGCUCGAGUGCGCGGCGGGCGAGUAUGCUAAGGGUUGGAAGCACUGGUUGGAGAUGGCGACCGGGGCGGAGACGGACACGAGCGAGACCAUCAACGAGAUGGUGGAGGGCGUGAGGGCGUAUGGGCGAUGCGGCAUCACGGGCGUGUACGUGGGAUAUACCAACCACUUCAACGUCGGGUCGCUGAUGCAGCGCGGAAUCCGCUUGAUCGGCAACGGCCAGGCCCCGGUCCACAAGCACUGGCGUGCUCUGCUGUCCAUGAUUGAAAAGGGUGAGCUGGACCCCUUGAUGAUGGUUUCUCAUCGAGUCCGGCUCGAGGACCUGGACAAGGUGUACCACAAGUUUGACGCCAAGGAAGACGGCAUCCAAAAGGUGUUUGUGGAGACCAAGUUUUCCUUUGCGCCGGCACAGGGGUCGCCGGCUCUGACCAGGUUCUAA